AAUACUUCAGUUUCUGCCUCUUUUGGAGUAUAUAAACUUACCCUUGCCUUGUCAACCAACACAAAGAAGGUUAAUCUCACCAAUCUGACAGGGAUCAUCAAUGGCAAAGCAAUUAAUUCCCUUCAUAAUCUCUCUUCUCCUCUUCAUUUUCACAGAAGUGGAAGGGGCUAAAAGGUCUUAUGGGGUAUACAACAGCAACCCUGUAAAACUGUUUGUUUUUGGGGACUCCUAUGUUGACACUGGGAAUUUCGUGCAUUCAGAAUCAUACAAGCCUCCCAGUGGAAUCACUUUUCCUGGUAACCCUGCAGGGAGAUUCUGCGACGGUCGCAUCAUCACUGAUUACGUUGCUUCCUUUCUGAAAAUUGAAUCCCCCACACCAUAUACUUUUAGAAAUUCAUCUAAUCUUCACUACGGUAUAAACUUUGCCUAUGGAGGGACCGGUAUUUUCAGUACUUCGAUUGAUGGACCAAACGCGACUGCCCAAAUCGACUCAUUUGAGAAGCUAAUCCAACAAAAUAUCUAUACCAAACAUGAUCUUGAAUCCUCAAUUGCUCUCGUCAAUGCCGGUGGUAAUGAUUAUACAAAUGCAUUAAAAACUGGGCGCAUUAUUGAUUUACCAGGCUUCAUGGAAUCCCUUGUGAAGCAAAUGUCUGUAAAUCUUAAACGCAUUCGCAGCUUAGGGAUAAAAAAGGUAGCAGUUGGGUUAUUACAGCCAAUUGGGUGUUUGCCUGUGUUAAAUGUGAUAUCUUUCCGUACGAACUGCAUUGGCCUUUUGAACGUGAUCUCCAAAGAUCACAACAAAAUGUUGCUCAAAGCUGUGCAAGAACUCAACAAGGAAGCAGCAGACAAAUCAGUUUUCAUAACACUGGACCUCUACAACUCCUUCCUCUCUGCAAUUGAAACUAUGCAGAAAAAGCGUGCAGAAAAGUCUACACUGAUGAAUCCGUUGCAACCAUGCUGUGAGGGAAACAAUUUGGAAGAUUCAUGUGGAAGUCUGGAUGACGAAGGAUCAAAGAAAUACAGUUUAUGUGAGAACCCGAAACUUUCUUUCUUUUGGGACACACUUCACCCUUCUCAAAAUGGUUGGUUUGCAGUCUACACAAUAUUGCAAUCUACUCUUGGCCAACUUAUUACAUGAAAAAAACUUCUAAUCAAUAUUAGUGUAUUUGGAUUAGUUCCAUGAUGAAAAAUAAUCUAUUAAUCCUUCAAAGUUAUUGCAUAUAUGGUCCAACAUUUGGUCA